AUGUCCGAAGAGGUGCGCGAAAAUGCUUAUCGGAAUCAGAAAGGUCUUAUCGGUGGCCUAAUUGGAGGCAAGAGUGAUGAACUUUCUUCUAUCACAUUAGUUGGAGUGGAGGCCCCUGCGCCACGAAGAUUACAUUACGAAGCUGUAGAAUAUGCGCUGAAAAACCGCGGUGACCGAAUGAGUGACCUGCUGAAAUUCAGUUAA